CUGCAACUCCACCAGAGCUCACAUCCUCACUCCCAUCAUCCAUUGACUUGCUCUCUCUCCUUCAGCCUUCCCACUCUCGACUACUCAGCAGGCAAUUCGAUUCUCGUCCACGAAUUCAACUCGUCAAAUCGACUUAGACAGUUCUACUCACGAACUCGGUCUCUUGAUAUACUAGGAAUCUUCCGCCCUUCUCUAGCCUAGCUAUCACCACUACACACAAACCGCCAAGAUGUUUAUGGCAAGAUCUGAAUACGACCGAGGCAUCAACACCUUCUCCCCCGAAGGUCGUCUCUUCCAGGUCGAAUACUCUCUCGAGGCCAUCAAGCUCGGCUCCACGGCCAUCGGCGUAGCCACAUCCGAGGGAGUCAUCCUCGGCGUCGAGAAGCGCGUCACGUCGACCCUCCUCGAGACCUCCUCCGUCGAGAAGAUCGUCGAGAUCGACCGCCACAUCGGCUGCGCCAUGUCAGGCCUUCAGGCCGAUGCCCGCUCCAUGGUCGAGCACGCCCGUGUCGAGAGCCAGUCCCACGCCUUCAACUACAACGAGCCCCUCCGUGUCGAGAGCUGCACCCAGGCCAUCUGCGAUCUUGCCCUACGUUUCGGUGAGGGUGCUGAUGGUGAGGAGACUAUUAUGAGUCGUCCUUUUGGUGUGGCUCUGCUCAUUGCCGGUUUUGAUGAGGAUGGUCCUCAACUCUUCCAUGCUGAGCCCAGUGGUACCUUUUACCGCUACGAUGCCAAGGCUAUUGGCUCUGGUUCCGAAGGCGCUCAGGCUGAGCUACAGAACGAAUAUCACAAGUCUUUGACGCUCACAGACGCAGAGACUCUUGUUCUCAAGACACUGAAGCAGGUCAUGGAGGAGAAGCUUGAUGCCAAGAACGUGCAGUUGGCCAGCGUAACCAAGGAGAAGGGCUUCAGAAUAUACACAGAUGAGGAGAUGGCCACAGUCGUGGAGCGACUGCCAGCCAACUAAGGAUGUUACUCAUGAAUCAAGAGAAAUUACGAAUAGACACAAGAGAAACCCACUUUCGGGUCAUUGACGAGCACACAAACCACCACAACUAGCUCAUCAGGCGAUGUUUUCAGAGAGAUUUUGAUGAAAACAUCGAGAGCCUCACAAGAAG